AUGACCUCGCCGCAUCAUGGCCUAGUGCAGUCUGCCGCUGCCGACGAGCCAGCAACCGCCGCCCCCGCCUCGCCGCCGCGCCGUGAUCCCAUUGAAGACGCCGACGCGAGCUACACCCGCAAACGCCCCCGUCUGCACAGCGGCAGCAACAGCCUGCGUGCCAUGUCUGCCGAACCACACACCCCGACCAACACAGCCGCAUCGCCCCCGGACGCCCACGUAGAGAUGACCAUACGCUCCCACCCGCCCUCUUCCCCGGUACCUGCUGGAGACGAGAACCAUAGCCGCGAAACCGCCCUUCUGCAGAGCCCACUGCCUGCCCACGCCCGCUCGCCCAUCGUCCUCGCUAGUUCCGAUGACGAGGCUGCAAGCCCGCCCGUCAUGGUCAUCGACGACGACGACGACGACGACGAUGACGACGUCGUGGCCUUGUCCAUGCACAUGGAUGCCGAGGACCACUUCCGCCAGUUUCCCUUUGCAAACGUUGGCAGCUAUGUCACUGUGGUCCGAGAACUGGCCCAGCAUAUCCAAGAUAGUAUCGAUCUUGACCCCGACCUCUUUCUGAGCUUGUCGCAAUGGCUCCUCGACAUCCCCGACCCUUCCGCCGACAUGCAAGGUUUCUACGUGAGCAAGGCGCCAUUCUGGGAUGAUGUUGCCGUCCUGAUACACAAGACCUUGGUUCGCAGGGUAGCGUUUGGCCACCGCCAUGACCAUCGGACAGGCGAUGUCUUCUACAGCUUCUUGAGCGCCUACGUCAGGAUAUGCUCCUUUCUCCUGCUCGUCGACGCCCAACUCAUUUCUCAGCCACGGUCGGACGACACAUAUCUUUUGCCUCUCAUUAGCCAAAAGCAUCUUCGUCAUUUGCACACCAUUCUUCGCCCCGAUAAAGCGCCAGUCUAUCAUAUGAUCAGCAAAGAGUAUUCCGUGGAUAUCCGCAAGAUGGUUUUGCGGCUACAGCAGGACUUCCUGGCCGCCAACGGUGCUCGGAACCUGCUUCAGCUGGCCAACGAGGCGAUCCUUCAAGUACCUACGAGCGUACAGCAUCACAUUGCCGUGUUUGCUUCGCCAGUGUUGAUUGCAUUGGGCUCAUUGUUAUUUCAAAGUUCCCUCCCAAGUAGCGAGCACGAGCGAAGCGACUUAAGCCGCGGUACCCUGCUAUACUUGGAAAAGUACAUGGACGAUUUGUUCAACUUGAACAGAACCAUUGAAUCCGGCGUUGCGCGAGAUCUCAUUCAGCACUUCCAUGCCCUGUUAUUCGAGCUCUGCGUUUGGGACAAGAAGAUAGAAGCGGACCUGGUGGAUAGAUUUCUGGACUUUAGGAGCCCCGAUUCGCCAACGACUUCAUCCCCCACCGAGAUCGCCCCUCCAGGAUGCCAGGACGAGUAUCUCAAAGACCCAGAGUGUUUCCCAGCUCUAGUGGCCAAUGCCUGGCGGUUCAAGAUUCUGCGCAAAUAUUUGACCAAGGGCAAGAUGGACUUGCGAGUGAUGAGUAUUGCCGCAAUGGAUGUGGGCUUGGUCGAGAUUUGGAAGCAGUACAGUGAAAACGACGUGGCAUGCAAGCAUCCGGUCAUGCAAUACCUCGCAGACUUUCUCCUCGAAGGAAACAUUGUCGACUACAUCAUCAGCGUCGACUCGCAUCCACAACUUAUCGCGCGCAGUGGGAACAUUAUCGGGUUUCUCGUUGUAACCCAACGUUGGUCGGAUAGGCAAGCAGAUGCUAUCUGGAAUACGGUUGCAACAAAUCCCGAUCCCCGUGUCGUUUCAGCAACCAUGACCAUGAUGCGAGCCAUCAUCAACCUGAUGAAGAUUACCGAUCACUUGUACCUCUGCAUCAAGCUCCACGAUCUCCCUAUCAGUAGCUACACCAUGGACAUUCUACGUUUCCUCCGCGAACUGAGCGGCAAGAUUGUGGAGAGGGCUUCUCCCAACGACCUUAUAACAAGGGACCGAAGAGCAAGGCCAUGGAACGUUUGCGUCCGCAUGAUUUGCGAUACAGUUGCCCAAAAAGAGCCGGAGAAGGAACUAAUGGAUCUUCACAACGAAGCCAUCGACCAUCUCCGCACUUUGGCCCCACAUGUCCCUGUCGAUGAGCGCCUCACCAUUUACCGUGAGUGUGCCGAUCACAUCAGCAGUCACUCCGAAAAGGCGACCGGCAGCGUAAAGGUCAUUUACACGCUUGCAUCACCACUCCAUACAGGUGAUGGCUUCUUUUUCCAGCAAAACCAGGAUGUGACGCGCAAGAUUUUGGAAGAAAUCCCGUGGUUGGUUGAGAGGGAGAAAAAGGCGGAGUCAAGUGCAUAUCAGCUCUUGGCUCUUCGCUACAGACUGGAGCUUCUUGCGCUCAUGAUAUGUCGCGCCGGGUCUGCCAUACCUGUCGAACUCCACCAUAACCUUUGGGAGCAUACUGUUGGUCCCCACGCAAUCUCGAAUAACGCUCGGGACUGGGCAUGGGCACAGCUAUUCCAAACGAUCAAGCUCAUCCCUGAUAACGAGUACUGUCAGCAACUUGUUUCUUCUUACCUCCACAACAUGGAGCCUAGGCUUUACACACCUGGCAUGUUCGAAUUCGUUGCCAACUACAACUUUCCUGCUAUCAGGGAGCUGGUUGCGACCAAUGAAGGGGAGAAAAUAGUAUUGCAGAUUCCUGGGGCUCCUCUGCUAUGGUCUAUGGUCCUCUUGUCGCCAGAAGGCACUGUUGAAGAUCGCGCUGCGCGUCUUCUCGCCGGCCGCUAUGUCCAGAUCAACGAGGUCGAGGGUAUAACGCUAGGAGAUAUGGAAGCCGCCCACGUUGCCCUUGUCGAGAAAUGUAUGCAUGAAAUACGGGACGCGUGCAAAACCGUACGCGAGUCACAUUCCGACGACGGAACCUCAACAGUAUCCGAUGCGAUACGGCACGAGAAAGAAGGACGCUGUCGAAGAAUCAUUUUGUUCCAAAAGUUGCUACUUGAGCGAUUACGGCAGAGACCAGAGUUCAACCGUGGCAGGCGAGCGGACUCCAAGGUUGACGAGACGGACUUCCCAUACGGAGAUGCGAUCACGAUACGCUUCCAGUGCGCUAACGGCGAACGGCAAGCAGUAUCGAUGAGCCCAGACAACACUUUGGAUGAUCUCUAUCGUAGGCUUUGUUGCGUCUCUGGCUAUACUAAGCUUAAUCUUUUUGCAAAGGGCCAGAGGGUUGAUGUAGCUGCCGGGUUGAACGACAAGAUCAAAGAUAUUGAUUUUGGGGGCCAGCUUUUGGUGCAGAGAGCGCCUGACGCAAAGGUCACUGGUCCAUUGUCGGAAUCGAUUGCUGGAUCUUCGGUGUUUGAAUCCACUGUGGCCAAAUACUUUGGUGAGCUGUUCUCGUUGAUGGACUCGAACGACACCAUUAGUCAACUGCUCUUCGACUACCUAAGCUUCUUCCCAGCGCGAAACAAUGUUCCGGACAGCGUUGUAGCGGAUGAAGCCACUUCUGAAGCCCUUUUCCCACCAGGGAAAUUUUGUCAGGCAAGAUAUGCAGCCUUGGCUCUCCAAGCUAGGCUGCGCGAGCAGAUUCGGAAUUCAAACUUGGACGAAAGCUUCUUGGGUAAGGUUGUGCAUCACUUGAACGAUGCUCUCCUCGAUACAAGGUUGAUUGGCGAGACAAUCUCGAGUUUCCAAGAACUGCAGCUAGCAGCAGUCCUUGUGAACGUACUAUUGGACUUUCUCCGAGAGCGGCCUUCUCUUGAAAUCUCAACUGGCUAUUUUUCCGAGCCCGCUCGGCUUGCAGAUCGCCUCGUGGCGAUUCUGUUGGUAGCACUCGAGACAAACGAAGAUGCCUCUGUCGUGCAGGAUUGCUAUGGUGCUGUUCUCGAAGCAUCACUCCACUCUCGAGCCAUGUGGGAGGCUUUCGUUGAGCAUCCGCAAGUACCACGCUUGCACAGGAUCCUGCUCCUAGAAGACCCUAGAACACCAGUUCGGGAGCAUGUUGCGAGAAAGAUUGCGUCUGUAUGCGGAGGGGACCUUCCGUCAACCUGUCCACUGACCAAGGGCGAAGUGGCCAUCAAAUUCUGGACUGCCAUAUCUGCCAUUCUCCCAGACUCUGUACGCCAUUCUGCGCAAUCCAAGCAGCUUUUUGGAAUUGCCGACCAUGUUUUUCGGGCUCAGGACGAAUACCAGCGUAAGGAAGACCUGCUCCGCUCAUGGCUGACACAGUGGAGCGAGCUACUAUUGAGUUACAAACAUGUUGAGGUCGUGGGGCGCGAAGACACGGACCACGUCGUAUUUGGCCUGACGAAGCUCCUUCUUUGCUGUCUACUGUCACUCAAGUCCUUUAAACAACCAGUCAAUGCUGGAAGUAUCAUGGAAAACAUCUUCAAGAAGUGCAUUUUCAUCGAGAGUUCACCUACUGUGGACGCCAGCACUGUGGAAAUUCCAAUACUGCAGUCGCAUACAAGACGUGAGAUGUACGACUUGAUGUUAGCCUUGGUCGAUGAUAGCAGCACCUACAACCACCUCCUCCAGCUUGUGGGAGAGGUAGAGUUGGAGGAUUGCGAGCCAUCCCUAGCGACACUUUCAGUCGACCGUUCCAUGGAAAUCCGCUCCAGCACUGGUUAUGUGGGCCUGUACAACCCACGCGCCAUUUGCUACAUGAACUCGCUUCUUACCCAGCUCUUCAUGAACUUGAACUUCCGCAAGUUCAUACUUGGAUUGGAGCUUCAGGAGGGAAAUACCUCGCAGAGGCUUCUUUUCGAAACACAGAGGCUCUUCACCAACAUGCAACAUUCUUUCCGGCGGUCGGCUGAUCCGCGAAGCUUCGCGGCGUGUGUCAAAAACUCUGAGCUUAUGCCAAUCGACAUCAGCGUUCAGAUGGACGCCGACGAGUUCUACAACUCCUUGUUUGAUCAAUGGGAACGCCAGCUUAUCAAAGAGGAGAACAAACAGGAAUUCCGCUCGUUCUAUGGAGGACAAACGCUCAAUCAGAUCAAGUCAAAGGAAUGCGAGCAUGUUUCUGAGCGAUCAGAGACAUUUUUCGCAGUUCAAUGCGAUGUGCUAGGCAAGGCUACGCUCCAGGAGAGUCUCCAGGCUUUUGUUAGUGGCGAUGUCAUGGAAGGUGAUAACAAGUACAAAUGCGAGUCAUGCGACAAAUACGUCAAUGCGGUAAAGCGAACCUGCUUCAAGGAGGUGCCGGACAAUCUAAUCUUCCACCUCAAGCGCUUCGAGUUUGAUUUGGUCGACUUCAGCCGGCGAAAAGUCUACGAUCACUUUGAGUUCCCACCAUGCAUUGACAUCAAUGCUUACCAUGUUGACUACCUUGGUGAUCCAAGCAAACCGCAUGUGGAAGACAUCUUCGACCUUGUCGGUGUGCUCGUGCACACGGGUACUUGCGAACAUGGCCAUUACUACUCCUACAUUCGUGAGCGGCCUUGUCCAACAGGAAGUACGGCUCCAACCUGGGUCGAAUUCGAUGACAGUAACGUUGCUCCUUUCGAUCCAGCAGACAUUGCCUAUCGAGCAUUUGGGGGUAUGAGUGAUGAUACCUAUAGCCGUAUACCCAAGCAGUACUCGGCGUAUAUGCUAUUCUAUCAACGCCGAACCGCCAUCAACGAAGACCAGCGUAAAUGGGUUACCUCGACGGAUGGACGGACACUCAAAGUCCCUAUGCCACAGGCGCUCAAGGAAGAGGUCGAUGCGACCAAUGAGAACAUCAUCCGAGAGUACUGCCAAUUCGAUCCAAACCACACCAAGUUCUUGCGACAGCUUCAUGCCAUGUCACGCACGAUCAACCAUGGGUCUUGCUCUGAAGACCACGCCCAUGAAAAGCAGUCUUUGCAGAUCGUUCUCACACAUCUUGGCCAGAUUGCUUGGCGUCACACUUCCUCAGACAUCUUCACGGAAACCUUGCUUCAGCUCCGACGUUCAGUGCUUCCGUGCGCUAUGUGCUGUAACGUGGUACUCGAUCACUUUGCUAUGCACGAGGGUAUCUUACUGAACUUGCUCGUUCGUUGCCCACAUGCCAAGGUGCGGUCUCAGAUACGCAACUUCUUCAUUGAAUGUCUCAAGACCUUGCGCGAGAAAGAGCCAACCCUAUAUGGACUGGAGGGUACUGACAACGAUCUUGACUCUGAAUCUCUGGUCUUAACGGAGGGGACACUCAUAGAUGUCGCCAGCCGGCUACGCCAGGUUGCAGAUGAUACUUGUCAAAGCACCCGAGGCUGGGAUGAUUUCUACCUAACCUUGACUCAGGUCAUAGAUUUGGGCCAUGCCGAGACGACUGCUGUUUUGAAUCAUGGCUUCCUAGAGUUUUGCCUCAAUUUGCUUUCUAUGCAUGUGCAUACAGGCCUUCAGGAUGACUAUCCAGAGCUCUGGAGGAUUCUAAGCAAGAAAGCGGGGAUUUACAAUAGGCUUGUAGAGUUCUUCUCGACUUUGCUUUCGCGGAUGGAUACACGGCUGUCUCCGAUUGCCACAGGACUGGGCAAAAACCGUGGGCCUACGCUCGACCGGGAAUGCCUCAAGUUUCCAUUAACCCAUCGGGAGCGACAGAUGCUUUUCCAUUGGGACGUAGAGCUGAAAGCAAUCGCAGUCCUUGACAAUGCCUUGGAGAUGUUUGACCAGACCAAGUUGGACUACUUCUGCCCCGGUGAUAUCGUCAAAUCGAUGCUCGGUUUGGAGGACCCACAGGCCCAGUCUAAUCUCUUCAAGACUAUCAACGACGGUAUCAGCCUCGACCCUCCGUUCUGCGACGCAUACAUACGGGCAGCGCUAUCAUUCUGUGAGGCCUCCCCGGUCAUGGAAAAUGUCACCAAGGUCAUCAACACGGUAUGCAAAGCCAUCGCAUCGACAAGCCGAUUUGAAGAAGAACGGGCACCGGGCGGCAUGGCUGUGCUCGAUUUCUUCAUUGGCCUUUUAAAAGCUGUGAACGAAGUGCUCUUCGAACAAAGACAUCGAUACAUAUUCUAUUACUUGCUCUUGGCGAAGGCUCGCGUAUGGGCGCCCGCUCUACUCCUCAACCAUCUGGAGAGUGUACGCCAGGGCGCACAUAUCCUCGUGAGCGAGCUUUACAGCAGUCACGAAGACUGGCCUUCGGAUGUGCUGCUUGUCAAGUGGAGAACGCUCCGUGAUCUGCUAGGCGACAUGAUCCAGCGCAUCAUAUACGAAAAGGAUGCGGGCAUGCUGAGGAUGCAUCUGACUCCGCUCAUUGCCAGCUGUCAGUUCCUUGUUCAGCAAAUUCUCGACCUGUCCCAGGACGAGGAUCCGGACAUGGACCUGUACAGAGACGACGCAAACGAUAGUGCUCGCGUCUAUUCGUGGCGAACAGAAGUUGAGCCUCGUCUGCAAUCAUGGCCACAAGACGACAGCCUAUCAGCGGCCGACCUCUACGAGCAAUCGGACUUUGGUAGUGAGUCUGAUAUUGACGAGGUAGCUGAUGUUGAGUGAUAAUUAUUGACUCAGUCUGUUGUCGCAGGUGAUUCGGCAAAGACACUCGGUUCAUCGCCUCCUCCUAUUUCCAGUAUCGACCGUGCGAGUUAUGGUGCUGCCCGAUUUUUCAAAGACGAAUACUUGACAAGGGUCGAAAAUUCGUUUCUAAAUUCGAAGUCGUAAGACGGGAAAGGUUUCAAUUGCUCGACAGCUGGUCUAUUCUUGGUUGCCUGAUUUUGCACAAUUCUUGGGAAAAUGCCAAUUGCUUGGCCGACUGAUGUGCAGGAGGGCCUUGGGCAACGUUGGCGUUUAGAGUCUUUGCUCGUUAUCACGAUGAUUGUUUUAUGAUUUACAUUGGAGCGGCAUAGCGUGGGUGCUUGGGCGUGUUCGGAUGGGCUGUGGGAUGGGCUGAUGAUGCAUGACAUGGG